AUGCAAUUCAGUAAGGUUUGGGAACUGUCCCGAGCCUACGCCUCGGCCCAUAUCAGAUCCGAAUCGCCACCUCCAUGGUCGGCGCAGUCAGACUAUUCCCUCAUCAAUUCCAAGUUGAUGGGAUGCGAGAGCCGAAUCCCUUUGAAAUACCGGAUGCACGCAAGCCGAUUCCCUGAGCUCUCGGGAGCUGAGCUCAACCAGCAGAGGGAAUAUUGGGGUCCGUGGCUUUUCUUCCAGUUUGUCUGCCACUCAAUUCUAGUCCUUGUCAAUCAUCCCUUACUGCUGUCGAUACGGUUGAAGAAUUUCCGUCAUACCAUGCCGCAGUCGUUUCUACGGAACUCGUUUGAGCAGAUCACCCUAAACACAAGCUGGGUGUUACAUUUUGUCACUCUUCUCGAGAAGAAAGAUUUCGAGGUAUCCGAUCCAACGCUUGGCCAGUGUGUGGCUAUCGUGGCGACCAUCUUCCUUCAGCAUAGUUUUGUAGAGGAGCCAAGCUUUCGACAGAAGGCACAGGUUGGUUACGAUAAGUGCGUCAGUUUCGUUUACAAAAUGGGUAGACGGUGGCCGCACCUAGAGCGACAGGCGAACAAACUCCAUCAGUUGAGGAAUAGUAUCUCCUCCAGUGGUGCACACGGCUCUCAGCAGGCCUGGUCUGUAAACGUGCACCUUCUGUGGGAAGUUCUGGUGUCCUCUCCUACCAACAAACUGUCCGAGGGCUUUUCGAAAGAUAUAUUCGGACCUUGUCUGACAAACAGUAUCGUGCAAAGUUCAUCGCAGUCUGAUGAUGCACUGUCGGGCCCCGAACUUGCUCUCAUCGGGUCUGCUGGCAUCUCUGGACAUCGGACGGUGGCUAAAGAGCUAGUCACAUAUCCGCCAGAGGAACUUCCGCAGCCUGACGAAAGCCACAAUGCAGUUCUUGAUCUCGACCUUUCAGGGCUUGUUGGAAAUUCCGCAUUAGGGCUUUCUGGCACCGCUGGUGGUGGACUAUUGCAGCCACAGGAUUAUGGUCGUUUGAUUGAGAAUUGGUUGAAUUUAGAACCAUGUUGA